CAAGCAAGCAAUUGAUUCCAGGUACAAUCUUGUCUCCGCCGCUUCGCCGAGGCCGAGGUACUCAUCGAGUCCUCUCUUUCGACCGCCUCCGUCACCGAGCUCGACAAUGACAAGUCUCCUUCACACUCAUCCUACCCUUCACCUUCCCCUACUCACCAUGCCGACGCUUCCGACUCGCCGUUGGAUGCCGCCUUCUCCCCGCCGGUGAUGCACGUCAGCUGCAUGAAAUCCGCAGGCGGCGGCGGCACUGCUGCUACUGCGGUCACGGUCAAAGUCAAUAGCGUGCAGAAUGCGAAUAGGAUUAGCGUUGAUGGGUUCGACGAAGAUGAGGGUUUGGGAUUCUCCAUGCCAAUGCCGCCCUCGCCUCCACCGUUUAGUGGAUCUUGGGACUACUUCGACACCAGUGAUCAUUCUGAGAGCUUUAUGUUUCCGGCGCAGAAUGAGUUGGGGUUUGACUUCCAUGACACGAGAAAGUGGAAUGGAAGGGUUUCGAGUGAUGAUCAUGGUGUAAUAGAUGCUAAGGGGAAAUUGGCACAGUCUGGUUUUCUAGAUGGUAGUAUCACUGCUCAAGCUCCCGCUAAUGGUGAGAAUGCAAGGCAUGGAGUCGAGGGAAAUGUUCCGAGGAUCUCAGGUGCUAAAGAAAGCUAUUCAAUGAGGCUCAAGGGAGGUGAAGAAAGACAGGCAGAUACAGUGAGGAAGGCUUGCAAUGGGCCAUCCGUUGAAAUCUUAGUUGCAAAGGAGAAAGCAACUGUAUUGAAAGGUUUAUCAGCAGAAGAGAGAGAAGAUCCUUCUGAGUUCAUUACCCAUAGAGCUAGGAAAGUUUCUGCAAUAUUAGUUCUGGAAGCUUUCAAUCUUGUUUGCUGCCAGGGAAGGACUGCACUUGUUUCUAAUGAACCUGGGGAAGAUGCAACGAAGGAAGCCAUUCCUCCACCCUUGACCGACUCUAUGCUUGGGAGUUGGGAGAGAAAACUCUAUGAUGAAGUUAAGGCCAGUGAAUGUAUUAGGAAAGAGUAUGAUCAAAAGUGUGAUAAGCUAAGACACCAAUUUGCGAAAGAUCAUAAUGCUCAUGUUAUCGACAAGACUAGGGCGGUUGCGAAAAACUUACACUCACGGAUAAGAGUUGCAAUUCAUUCUGUGGAUUCCAUAUCAAAAAGAAUCGAGAAGAUUAGAGACGAAGAACUGCAUCCUCAACUCCUUGAGCUAGUUCAAGGGUUAAUCCGAAUGUGGAAGGCUAUGCUGGCAUGCCACCAUGCACAGUACAUUACCAUUUCCUUAGCAUGCCAUUUGAGAAGUACUACAGCGACAGCGACAACACCACAAGGAGACACCCGACGGCAAGCCUUGUCCCAGUUACUGCAAGAGAUCGAGUGUUUCGGAUUGGGGUUUGCAAACUGGGUCAACAGUCAUACAUCAUAUGUCCAAGCUCUUAACGGGUGGCUGCUGCACUGCAUCAUGCAACAACCACAAGAGCGAUCGAAGAACAGGAGGCCUUUUUCCCCACGCAGAGCUCUGGCCCCGCCUAUUUUCGUUCUGUCGAGAUUGGUCCGUCGGCAUCAAAUCCUUGCCAUCUGAGGAACUCACAAUGCGAUAAAAUCAUUUUUGGCCGAGGUGGACCAGUUGAUGCAUCAUCAGCAGACGGUAGUAAAGAAUGAUGGUGAUGGAGCCCACCAAGAAACAGAUUCCAAAGUUGAUGGUGAGAAGAAUAACGAUGAUGUUUCUGCAACCUUGAGUUGCAUGCACGCCAGUCUAGCAAAGGUUCUAGAUUGGCUAAACAAGUUCUCUGAAACUUCUCUGAAAAUGUACGAGGAUAUUCGGCAAAAGAGUGAAGCUGCGCGAGUUGCAUACUCGACUUGCAGAGCGGUUAGAUUCUGAAGCUGUCGGUAAUCACGAUAUGUUUAAGCAGGCAGCAUUUUGAUUUCGGUAGAGAUCUUUAAUGAAAAUAUUACUAAUGU